UUUUGUUUCUUUUUCUUUUGUACAUUCGGGUACCUGGCGGCAGAAGGAAGGGAGGCUGAAUAGGAAAGGGAAAAGAUGGUCAGCCCCCUACCCCCCAGACAUUGUUGUUUGGAUACAGAAUUGCUUGAUACCAAAGGUGCCGAGCUUUUGAAGAUGACAUGGAUUAGACUCCUUGUCUUGUGAUCACUGGCUUGAAAUAUUCUCCGGUUGCCUCAGAGAAGAAGCAGGGCUUUCCAAUCAAGCGGCCGUGGCAAACCCAGAAACUGAUUUUCUCGUGUUUUCUCCCCGCCCCCUUCUUCCUUGCUCUGUUUUUCUUGCCUCCCUCCUGUCUAAAUGGCGAUGAGAAAGAGAGGUAGUGAGCGGUCACUUUCUAGAAGUGUCUGAACAGAUUUCUAAUGACCACUGGGAAGAGGGGGGUGUGGAGAAAUCAAACCUUGCUGGACAGAUUAGAGAUCCUUUUUUAAGGUCCUGAAGGAAUUCUGGGCUAAGAGGUAUUUAUAAAUAUGAAAUUCUACAUCUCUAACUCAUCAUGAAGGCCAGAAUAUAGGGGGCUCAAAAAAAAAAAAAAAAAAAAAAGCUUCCAGGAAAAUAACUGGAGAUUUUUCAGAGAUGUUUAGUUUUCUGGUUUGGGGGUAUUCUUUUUCCCCUCAUCCCCUUAUCCUUUGGCACUUGAGCUGGGGAAUCAUUUCUCCAGGAGCCAUCUGAAUCAUUCCCGGUAUGAUGACUUGGCCGGUGGUCAGGUGAGGCAUGUGGAUAUAAGGAGUGCUAGCCCCUGCUCCCAGAACCAGAGCUACCCGAUGGGACAGCCACUGAAGCUCUGUGCCUCAGUUUCCCUCCAGGAAGAAUCAUUGCCACCUGUCAUUACAGAUGGGUGUGGUUGGCCUCCGAGCAGAUAUCCUGGGAAAGUCCGGUGCUGCCCAGGUUGUCUGGGAGGCUUGGAGGCGAUUGAGACAUUCCCAGCUGCUCUCUCUGGCUGCCUUCGUGCCCCGAGACCACCCUGAUCGGCCGGGCUUCUCUUGCACCCAUGCCGGAGGCAGGGCUCUGCAGCCCCAUGACCUUAGCUUUGGGGACUCAUUCCUUCCCCCAGCUGACGCAGCCAGCCUUCCAGGUCUUCCUUGCCCUCAGGCCUUCCCACUUUUCUCCCAAUCCCAGUGGAGGCCCCAGGUCCCCAGCCCAGGUGCCAGUGGUCCACUGAGAAAGUGUGCUCCUUGCUCAGGGACAUCCCUGCCCUCAGAAUCAGAAACAGUGCACCUCACGCACACACUUGAGGCUCUGAAGUCACUCACACGAGGAAACAGUCACAUGUGUCCCCUCUUGGGGAUGUGGGCAGCACCUGGCUAAAUCAAGCACCUUUCCUGCCUUGGGCAAAUGUUCUAGCUUGAUCUCCUACCUCUGCUCAGGUGGUUUCUGGUCUUGGGCCUAACGCUGUUACCAUCCUUGCCUCGUAGCACGAAAGCUCCAGCUGACGGCAUCAUCUCCCACCAAUUUAUCCAGCUUCUGCCAAGGCUCUGAAAUGCCAACUAUGUCAAGGCCUGCACUUGAUGUCAAGGGUGGCACUUCACCUGUGAAGGAGGAUGCCAACCCAGAGAUGAGCUCGCUGGCCUACUCUAACCUGGGCGUGAAGGAUCGCAAAGCAGUGGCCAUUCUGCACUACCCUGGGGUGGCCUCGAACGGAACCAAGGCCAGUGGGGCUCCCACUAGUUCCUCGGGAUCUCCGUCUCCAAUAGGCUCUCCUACCGCCACCCCUCCCACUAAACCCCCACCCUUCAGUCUGCACCCCGCCCCUCAUCUGCUGGCCAGUAUGCAGCUGCAGAAACUUAAUAGCCAGUAUCAUGGGAUGGCCGCCGCCGUCGCCACUCCAGGCCAACCUGGGGAGGCAGGGCCCCUACAAAACUGGGGCCUUGGGGCUCAGGCGGGAGGGGCGGGGUCACUCUCUCCUUCUACCGGUGCCCAGAGCCCUGCUAUCAUCGACUCAGACCCAGUGGAUGAGGAGGUGCUGAUGUCGCUGGUGGUGGAACUGGGACUGGACCGAGCCAAUGAGCUUCCGGAGCUGUGGCUGGGGCAGAAUGAGUUUGACUUCACUGCGGACUUUCCAUCUGGCUGCUGAUGCUCACCGUCCCUAAAGAUGGAGGAACAAAGCCACCGACUCUGUUGUAAAUAAAAAAUAAAAGUUACUUACAAAGAGA